AUGGACGAGGUGCUUGACCGCUGGACGGCUCAGUUGUUUGAAGCUGCGCACUUUCGAAAACCGACUACGCAAGACACAGAAGAACAACAUAAUCGGAGCGCAGGCUCAGGUGCUUCAUUAGGUCAAGGUCUUGAGAAGUCACAGCAGGUGCUGCAGGAUCAGCCAGAUAGUUUUGAAGACAAGGAGGAGGAGUUAGCUCAGACACAAUCUGACGGUGUGAAAGCGGAUGGUGGUGUGAACUUGGAAGUUAUACGACAGCCUACAUCAUCAGCCUCACGUUCGAAGAAAAGAAACCGGCAGCAAUUGGGCAAUCGCGAAGUGUGGGAGUGA